AGGCCUAUGCGAUUUGAUCACGUCCUGAUUAACCUGAAUUUUCCGUUUUGUACCUUGUUAGUAAAACUUAUCUCUGAAAAUAAAAGUGUUCUGUGCCAGCCUACAGUACAAAUGAUCAGUGCAUUAUGAUAAAGGCUACUUGUGUUAUUUGUCAGGAGUUCUUCCAGACAGAUCACUCAAUUUAUUCAACACCAUGUGGACAUGUCUUUCAUGAAGUUUGCUUACUAAAAUGGAUACAAACAUCACCAACGUGUCCUCACUGUCGACAUGCAGCUCGACUGAAGAAUGUUGUUCGCCUUUUCUUUGAAACAGACAAUGAAGAUGAUGAUGGUUUAGACCCAACAAAAUUAAAGAAUGAGCUGGAUAGUAUGAGUGCAGAGCUGGCUGGUUUUAACAAAUUGAAGGCUGAUCUAGUAACAGAAAAAGAAAAGUUAAAUAGCAAAUUGAAGAAAUUAAAUUCUGAACACAAAUCAAUGAGUAAAGAAUUGCAGAGUGAAUUGUCAACGAAUCAAGCCCUAAGGAAACAAUUAAAGUACUUAAGUAUUCAAGGAGAUGAAGCUAAAGAAGCAAAGAAAACUGCAAAAGUGCUUCAUGAAAAGCUGAGCCAUUAUGAAAGGCUUCAAAAGGUUUUGACUGCAAAUUCAGAGGCUGUUUCAGAAAUGUUGGAAGAACAAGGUGACAACUCAAAGGCUUGUAGAGACUUGGCAACAUACUGUGUCUCACUCAAAAGAGAAUUUGAAAAUGCAAAGAUGAACAAAUCCCGCCUGAGAGACGAACUGGCAGCAACAAAGAAAGAGUUAUCAUCAAAAACAAAACAGCUAAAUGAUUACAAGAUACAAACGGGAAACAAUGUGAAACAAAUCAAGGCAUUGGAAGAGGAGGUUAGCUCUCUGGAGAAAGACAAAGAAAAUUUAAAACAGAAGCUGGAAAUUUUACAAAGAUCUGUCAAGUCACCAAGUGGAGCUAAGGGAGUGAUAUCAAGAUUACUCUUUGAAAGCCCAGCACCAUUUAACUUGAAAGCUCCUAAGCUUCAAGACCCUGAAGAUUGGGGUAGUGAUACCAGCCUGGAUAUCAGCUCACAUCCCGGAAAUCCUGUUACACCAGAUAUUGUUAAGCCUAGUCCUAAUGCUGCUACUCAUCGGGAGUGUAAAGAGUUUGGCAUUCCAUUUAUUAAAACCACAUCAAUGGCAAAUAAGGUAAAAUAUUUUUUUUUAUAUAGUUGUGCCUCAUUUCAGAUUUAAUUCUAAAAUUCUAAU